GAUGUCAAGCUUACAAAAGGAAACUUGGUAUUCGACUCUCCUGUACCUAAUACGAUUCUUCAUAAUAUUUCCAACAAAUCCGAUGACGAAUUUACACAUAUAAGAUACACCGCAAUUACAAGCAAUCCGGAUGAGUUUGAAGGAAAGAAAUAUUCGAUUCGACAAAAUAAUUAUAAUCGAGAUACUGAAAUAAUGGUUGUUA